CCCCCCCCCUCCCAUCAUCGUGAGACGGCGUUUGCUUUGCGAUCUGCUUCCGUCUAUUUACCCCUUUCCCUUUGAAACUUGUCUCAAGCACUUGGUCUGCUUUUAGAGCCAGCAUCGUUGCCCCCCGUCUUUUGCUGUUUUCCUUCCUUCGCCCUCUGUUCUUCCCCCCUCCGUCUGUCGGCUGCAAAGCCUACUGCAACAGCCCGAACGGACUAUAAGGAUGGCGACCAAAGCGGCUUUCAAGCGCCUUACUCGCGAGUACCAGAACAUCCAGAAGAACCCCCCGCCCUACAUUGUGGCACAUCCCUCCGAGUCCAACAUUCUCGAAUGGCAUUACAUCCUGACUGGUCCCCCGGGUACACCGUACGAGAAUGGUCAGUACUGGGGCACCCUGAUGUUCCCUCCCGAAUACCCGUUCGCCCCCCCAGCAAUCCGCAUGCACACUCCCAGCGGUCGCUUCCAACCAUCAACCCGCCUGUGCCUCAGUAUCAGUGAUUUUCACCCAAAGUCCUUCAAUCCCGCAUGGGAGGUAUCUACCAUUCUCAUAGGAUUACUCUCCUUCAUGACAAGCGAGGAGAUGACCACCGGGAGUGUGAGUGCGUCGGAGGCCGAACGAAGAGUGCUGGCAGCGCGAUCUAGGUGGUGGAAUUCCACCGGAGGAGGCUCUCAUAUCAGCGCAACUCCGGGCGUGACUCCCACAGCCAAGGGUAUCAAUAAUGUUAAGGCUGGAGACGGAGGUCUGAAGUUUCGCGCCGAGUGGCCAGAGCUUGACCAAGAGAAUUGGAGAUGGAUGAAGGACAGUCGCAUCGACACGAAUACCGGCCAGCUCAUGCCUGAUCCUAGCCUUGCGACUAGGUGCUCUCCAGAGACGAGUGCGCUUCGCCGGCGACCGAACGGCAGCGCUCCCGGACUCGGUGCCGUGAUGGAGGGCGGUCAUGUCGCCCGAGAAGCAGGCCAGAGCUGGGUCCGACGCAACAAAAUCUGGCUUGGCUUCGCGAUCCUAUUCGGAUAUGCGCUUUUGACCAGGCUGCCGACGCCCGCGGCUCCGAACUCUUUGGCAUCCUCGAAUGCCUCUCCUCCGCCAGGAUGUCCUAUGCACGCAUCUAAUAAUGUCCCUACUUCGCCAAACCAAACCGCCUCCGAGAGUUCAAGUGCCUGUCCCGUCCGAUCCACCGACUCCCCGUUCUAUGUGCCUCCGAAGUCCAAGUCCCCAGAGUCGCAACCUCCCUCAAACACCGAACCGCGCUCCGCACUCUCUAAGUUGAACCCUCUUAACUACAUGUUCACCUCGAUCUCCCAGGAAAGAGCGCCUAACCAGACAGUGGAUCUCCCCGUGGAACGAGAAGUUUCGUCCAUACCCAGAUCCGACAUGGAUGAGAACUGGGAAUAUCCUUCUCCCCAGCAGAUGUAUAACGCCAUGCUGCGCAAGGGCUAUACCGAUACUCCGCAGGACGCCGUCGAAGCAAUGGUUGCUGUGCACAAUUUCUUGAAUGAGGGCGCUUGGGACGAGAUUGUUCGGUGGGAGCGCAUAUUUUCCAGAGGUCUGGCGCAAGGUUGGGACAAGUGCCGUCGCGGAGAGGAGAACAUUGUGAUGGAUGAACUUAGGGAGGAGUUGGCUGGUUCCGCCAAGCAGGAUGUUCCACCUCCACGACUCAUCCGAUUCAAGGGUCGUCCGCAGGAGCUCACACCCAAGGCACGGAUCCUCCAGGCUCUGGGCUGGGUAUAUCCAUCAAAGUUUGAAACAAACCCGCCUUUCGAUAGACAUGAUUGGUUCGUAAUGCGGCAGACGCCGUCAGGUCAGAAAGAGGUUCGUUAUGUUAUCGACUAUUAUUCUGGACCUCCCGAGCCAACCGGGGAACCUGUGUUCUACCUGGACAUCAGACCCGCUUUGGAUACGCCAACUGCUGCCGUUGAGCGGCUAAUGAGAUGGGGAGGAGAUGUCUGGUGGCGCGCCAGCGGCGCCUCCGCGCGGGAAAACAAUGGUAGCUGAUUAUUAUAUCGCAUGGCCGCGAUUUUCUUUGUCGACACUGUUCAGCAAUAUACACUCUGGGAAGGCGCGGGCGUCUGGUAGGUUCUCCUUUCUAUGGAACUGUCCUGCUUUAUUCAUGUUCUUGUUUGUUCGGAUCGCUUUGGUUGCGCCUGCUCUCCCUUCCAACUAUGUCAUGCUUAUGGUCAUGUGAAUCUGGAGUAUUACGGCGGCAAUUUGUCAAAUAAAUGACGAAAGAGGUUCUUGGUUUGUUUUUUAAUCUUGGGUUCUCUCUACUCCAUUCUUCCGCCCCAUCUCGGGGGAUCUGCCUUAAUGCAGCAAUCUUGAUAUGUAAUAUAGGAUCCUGUACUGCCAUCGCAACAUGGGCUAUGAACAAGAUAAACUCGUGCUUACUCU